AAUUAAUUGGUCAGUGAUAUCUUUAUAACACUGACCUGAGAGCGAUGAAGAGGAAUCACAGCCAUGAUGAAGACUCUGUGUGUCGCUGCUCUUGUGCUGAGUCUCUCCUCAGUGUGCCAGCCUGCGUCGCUGGCCUGUGAGAAGCUGCUGCAGCCAGUGGACAAGGCUCCAGAUUUAUCUGGGAGGUGGUAUGUCAUCGCCAUAUCUUCGUCCUGUAUAUUACAGUUAGUUGCCAGUGUGUUAUUGCCAAGUAUUCACGUGGAAGUUACCUCCAAAGAGACACCAAACGUUUUCGAUUACCUCAUCAAAAUGAAAAUGCAAGGAGUAUGCGCUAAUGAAACAGAACAAUUUUUCCAGGAGAACAACAAGCUCUUUGAUGUAGAUAGCAACAACGCUGCAGAUGGUGACCCUGAUUUGCUUCUGCAGACUGGCUGUUCUGACUGCAUCGUUUCAAAGGGGGACAGUGUCGUGAACAUACUCGUCUUAUUUAGCAGGAGACCAAACAUCACCGCUGCUGAGCUGAAGGAAUUUGAGACCCAGGCAGAGUGUCUCAGCUUGACCAAGCCGCAGGUUUUAGACUCAGAUCAUGAUUUUACAAACUGCCUAUCAGACGAAGAUGAAGAAGCUGGGGCUAGUUUUCUUCGCAGCAUUCAACAAAGAUUGAAUGACAAUUAUGCCAUAACCCUCAAAUGUAUCGCUGAGUCUUCUCUGUAUUACCAGAAGGCUGCCUUCGAGUGGGCUCAGGAAACAUGGGCCAGUCUUUGGUGAAUGAGCAUUGGAAAUGCAAUAAAAUCAACUUACACCCAU